GGAGCUUCAGAGCUGUCUGAUUGUUGGGAGGGAAAAGCAGCCUCCCUGGCUCUCUGGAUGGAUUGACUGGAGAUGGAUCGAAUUACACCAUUUGCCGUGCUUGGGUUUGUUUUGCUCUUGGUCUGUCCCGCUGCUGAAAGGGUUGGUGGCGAGUUUCGGGAUUAUACUGAGGAAACCAAAACCUAAGAAGACCGGAUUUUUUUUUCUCCCUUCUUAUUUUUCCCCCCCUUACCCUGGUGGGUUUCAAGCUUCCUUGCCAGCCUCCCCCCAUGAGGUAGCUAACCGGGAUUUCUGAGGAGGCACUGCUCUUUUUUUCUCCCCCUUGGCCAACCAUGAGGCCCCCCUUGCUUUGUGCAUAUAUACUGUUAAUAACCAUCUCCCAGUUGAGGGCAGUCAGCUUUCCUGAGGACGAUGAACCCAUUAAUACCGUUGAUUACCACUAUUCAAGGCAAUAUCCAGUUUUUAGAGGACGCCCUUCAGGCAAUGAAUCUCAGCACAGGCUGGACUUUCAGCUGAUGUUGAAAAUUCGAGACACACUUUAUAUUGCUGGCAGGGACCAAGUUUAUACCGUAAACUUAAAUGAAAUCCCCAAAACAGAAGUGAUACCAAGCAAGAAAUUAACAUGGAGGUCAAGACAACAGGAUCGAGAAAACUGUGCCAUGAAAGGCAAACACAAGGAUGAGUGCCACAACUUUAUUAAAGUGUUUGUUCCAAGAAACGAUGAGAUGGUUUUUGUCUGUGGCACAAAUGCAUUUAACCCAAUGUGCAGAUACUAUAGGUUGAAUACCUUGGAGUACGAUGGGGAAGAAAUUAGUGGCUUGGCAAGGUGCCCAUUUGAUGCCAGACAAACCAAUGUUGCGCUCUUUGCUGAUGGGAAACUAUAUUCUGCAACAGUAGCUGAUUUCCUGGCAAGUGAUGCUGUCAUUUAUCGGAGCAUGGGCGAUGGAUCUGCCCUACGAACCAUAAAAUAUGAUUCCAAAUGGAUAAAAGAGCCACAUUUUCUUCAUGCCAUAGAAUAUGGAAACUAUGUUUAUUUCUUCUUUCGAGAAAUUGCUGUAGAACAUAAUAAUUUAGGCAAGGCUGUGUAUUCCCGUGUGGCCCGUAUAUGCAAAAAUGACAUGGGUGGCUCCCAGCGGGUCCUGGAGAAACACUGGACUUCUUUUCUCAAGGCCCGACUCAACUGUUCCGUCCCCGGGGAUUCAUUCUUCUACUUUGAUGUCCUUCAGUCCAUUACUGACAUCAUACAAAUCAAUGGCAUCCCUACGGUGGUCGGGGUGUUUACCACCCAGCUGAACAGCAUUCCUGGUUCAGCUGUGUGUGCUUUUAGCAUGGAUGACAUUGAAAAAGUAUUCAAAGGAAGGUUUAAAGAACAGAAGACCCCAGACUCUGUCUGGACAGCGGUACCUGAAGACAAAGUCCCCAAGCCAAGGCCUGGCUGUUGUGCAAAACAUGGCCUUGCAGAGGCUUACAAAACUUCCAUUGAUUUCCCCGAUGAAACCCUGUCCUUCAUCAAAUCCCAUCCUUUGAUGGACUCCGCUGUCCCAUCCAUCAUCGAGGAGCCCUGGUUCACAAAGACUCGGGUCAGGUAUAGAUUGACUGCUAUCGCAGUAGAUCAUUCAGCUGGACCAUACCAAAAUUACACAGUCAUAUUUCUUGGCUCGGAAGCUGGAGUCGUACUUAAGAUCCUGGCAAAGACCAGCCCUUUCUCCUUGAAUGACAGCGUAUUAUUGGAAGAGAUUGAUGCUUACAACCAUGCAAAAUGUAAUGCUGAGAGUGAAGAGGACAGGAAGGUCCUCUCUCUGCAACUGGAUCCAGAUCACCAUGCCUUGUACGUAGCCUUCUCCAGCUGCGUUAUUAGAAUUCCCCUCAGCCGCUGCGAGCGUUACGGGUCCUGUAAAAAAUCUUGCAUCGCCUCUCGUGACCCGUACUGUGGCUGGUUAAGCCAGGGAGCCUGUGGCCGCGUGAAGCCCGGGAUGCUGUUGUUAACUGAGGACUUCUUUGCUUCCCAUAACCACAGUGCUGGAGGAUAUGAACAAGACACAGAAUAUGGCAACACAGCACAACUUGGGGACUGCCAUGAAAUUUUGCCUACUUCAACUACACCAGAUUACAAAAUAUUUGGCGGUCCAACAUCUGACAUGGAGGUAUCCUCGUCUUCUGUUACCACAAUGGCAAGUAUCCCAGAAAUAACACCUAAAGUGAUUGAUUCCUGGAAACCUAAACUGACGAGCUCCCGGAAAUUUGUAGUUCAAGAUGAACCAAACACUUCUGAUUUUACUGAUCCUUUAUCAGGUAUCCCAAAGGGUGUGAGGUGGGAAGUACAAUCUGGAGACUCCAACCAGAUGGUACACAUGAACGUCCUCAUCACCUGCGUCUUUGCGGCUUUCGUCCUGGGCGCCUUCAUUGCGGGGGUCGCGGUUUACUGUUACCGGGACUUGUUUGUUCGGAAGUCCAGGAAGAUCCACAAAGAUGCCGAAUCGGCUCAGUCCUGUACAGACUCGAGCGGGAGCUUCGCCAAACUGAACGGCUUAUUCGAUAGCCCCGUCAAGGAGUAUCAGCAGAACAUCGAUUCGCCCAAACUGUACACCAACCUCCUGACCAGUCGUAAAGAGCUCCCCCCCAACGGAGAUACGAAGUCCAUGAUCAUGGACCAUCGGGGCCAGCCUCCGGAGCUGGCCGCCCUUCCCACGCCCGAGUCUACCCCCGUCCUCCAGCAGAAGACCCUCCAGUCCAUGAAAAGCCAGUCGGAGAAAGCUCACGGCGCUUCGAGGAAAGACGCGCCUCAGUUUUUCCCUUCCAGCCCGCCGCCUCACUCUCCACUCAGUCACGGGCACAUCCCCAGCGCCAUCGUGCUUCCGAAUGCCACCCAUGACUACAACACCUCCUUCUCCAAUUCGAAUGCCCACAAAGCUGAGAAAAAGCUCCAGAAUAUCGAUCACCCGCUCACCAAAUCGAGCAAGAGAGACCACCGGCGCUCGGUUGAUUCCAGAAACACGCUCAACGAUCUCUUGAAGCAUCUUAGCGACCCGAGUAGUAACCCUAAAGCCAUCAUGGGCGAGAUCCAAAUGGCCCACCAGACCCUCAUGCUGGAUCCCAUGGGAAACAUGUCGGAGGUCCCGCCUAAGGUUCCAAACAGGGAGGCCUCCUUGUACUCUCCUCCUUCUACCCUCCCGAGGAACAGCCCCACAAAGCGGGUGGACGUGCCCACCACCCCCGGGGUCCCGAUGACCUCACUGGAAAGACAAAGGGGCUAUCACAAAAAUUCCUCCCAGAGGCAUUCCAUAUCGGCGAUGCCUAAAAACUUAAACUCACCAAAUGGUGUUUUGUUAUCGAGACAGCCUAGUAUUAGUCGUGGAGGAUAUAUGCCUGCCACGGGAGGUGGGAAGAUGGACUACAUCCAGGGGACACCGGUCAGUGUUCAUCUGCAGCCUUCCCUCUCCAGACAGAGCAGUUACACCAGUAACGGCACCCUCCCUCGGACGGGCAUAAAGAGGACACCAUCCUUAAAACCUGACGUGCCACCAAAGCCUUCGUUCGUCCCACAGACGACAUCCGUCAGACCGCUGAACAAAUACACCUACUGAGACUGGCGCGCUCUGUUGUGGGGUGGUUUCGCCUGUGCUGGCUGUAGGGAUGAUGUUGGGGGGUGGGUACCUUCAGACAAGAGACACUUGUAUUUAAAGAGAACCAAGUGGCCAAAGAAACUGUUUGACUUUGGCAGCAUCAGAACUUGCCACAUGUAGCUACUGCAAGGCUUCAAAGUACUUGCUUAAAAAACAAACAAAACAAAACAAAACAAAACAAAGGAAGGUGCUGGUCAUUCCAUUUCUUUUGUUUGGAGUUAAAGAGGUGUAGCAAUGGGGCUACUUUACCGUUAUA